GUCACAGUUUCUCAACCUAGUUCUUGAACUCUCAUCGACAUCUUUGCCCACCUCGUUGGUUUUUUCAUUAAUACUGAGGAUCUCACGAAACGGGUGCCACCCCUGUUCCCGAGGCCGGUUGAGGUUGACUGCAAACCUCAUGUUCACGCUGCUCAGCAACAAACCUUUGGACUGCCACGAACCUCAAGAUGUACAGCGUGGGGGACAAGUUGCGUGGACGAAAAAAAAAUGACUGUGAGCUAACAGUUGAUAAUCAUACUGUCCUUCACGCACAGUUACAGCCGGAUGGCUAAUCCUGUUGUCGUUCAAGACGGUUUCCCACAAUAUUGCCACCCCAUCGACCCUUCAGCCUUCUGGGUACUGUUGGAUAUGAUGCUAGAAUGCUCAAUAUCUGGCAUUGGGUCGUCUGAAUGGGUUUCGCAGAUCCUAGCAGGGUCUUGCCUGAUCGAUGUUCAGACGAAGACGGAUGGACGCAUGUGUCUCUCAUGCUCGUGGCUGAGGCGAGGGAUCGUGGAUCUAUACUCUUGGGAUGCUUAUAGCCAAAUUUCCCUCGAAUGCCGGUCACUCCUCCUCAAGUCCAUAGUUUCACCGCAUUGUUCUCAUCGAUCGACAACUGCAGGCAACUACUGGCCCUUGUCCGUUCGGGGUUAUUUCCUCCGUCAAACACUCAUUGACGGACUAGCCGGACAUGGAAGAGAGGAAAUGUAUUACAUGUUCCGCGAAUGCGACAUAGUGUACGAAACUCUAGGUCGUGGUGCAGGCGAGGACAGACGGCGGCAAGAUAUACGGGGUCUCUAUCAGCGGAGAGAACAUGACGAUCUUUGACGCACCUUUGCGCUGCAUCGCACGUACAAGGUAUUACCUGUUGAAUUUCUCGAAGUGCCUGCUCCAUGGACCUCAUGAUAUACCGAACGGCACUCUCCUCUCAUAAACGUCUUCUCUCAGCGUUCUCCUCUCGGUGUUAUGGCACGUUGCUUUCGGCUCAUAAACGCAAAUGAAUGCUCGUGGCAUGCACAGAUAGAGAGGCUUUUAUCACCUGGCCUUAUGCACCCGAUUCGCGGUCCACUACUUCCUACGAGAACGAGUACAGCUUGUUGAACAUCGGAUUGUUUGACAAUCGCUUGCUUCUAUCUGAGCAAAGUUCAGUAGAAAGUAAAGGGAAGUUCUUAACCUCUUGACGGAACUUUAUUUCUGACACUCUGUACGGGAAUAGGAUCUCUAGCGAUUGUUUCGCCCUAAACCUUGUGCAUUUUUUUUAAUUAUCGCAUCCACUCCACGAUACUCCAUCACACUGCCUGCCUUCACAGUUGAACCGAUCAAAACAUAGAUCAUCCAUUCGGACUUCACCGGAUUUAUGGCUGGUAUGUGCGCACAGUAAGCCUACCCCGCAACCUCUAUCACCUAGGAUGAGUUACAGGGCCGAUUGCCUGCAAGAAUUUGACACCUGCCUCUUACUAGGAGUUUGUCCCCGCGUCUCCAGCAGCAAACGGCAGCGUGAUGCCAGCCACCGCACUCCAGGGACGAUCGAUGGGACGUGAACUAUCGACAACAAACUAGAAGAGGUAUAUUCUAUGCUGUUCCGGUUUCUGGCAUGCCUUUUGCGUCAGGUAGCACGAUUCUCGGCAUGUGGGAUACCAUCUGAGCAUGCUCUCCGCCAGAGUCAAACUGCGGUCUUCCUGUUUCAGUUCGCGCUGCCGGAAUGAAUGCCUGGUGCCCCAUACCGC